UAUUGUGUUUGAGUAUAUCGCUCAGCCACAGGAGAGCAGUGUCCACUGAUGGACUUACUGACAUUGAAGUUGCUCCACCUCCAACUGGGCAGUAGCACAGGCACUGGAGGGCUCCCACCAGAUUCACUCAUCUCAGUUGUUUGAAUAAAGUGUUUCUUCUGUUUCAGCUUGAAUGAACUGACUUGCAACAUCAGCAGUGCAACUCUCCACCAUGAUGAAUCCUCCAACAGACUCUCUCUCUUCCUCCCCUCAGAAGAGAAAAAGAAGAAAAUCAGAGAGUGUGGAGGAAUUUCCUGUUCCUGUUGACGUUAACACACCUGAGAGGCUCAAGAAGAAGAAGAAGAAGGAGAAGAAAAGGAGACAAGAGGAUAAGCAGGAGGUCAGUCUUCCUCUUCCUCCAACUGCCUAUGAAGAGACAAAGAAACGGCAUAAGAAAAAGAAGGUGCAUGAGGAACAAGGAGGAGAAGAGGAGGAUGAGGUGGUGGUGGAGGAGGCAGUACAGGAGGAAGUGGCCGAGGAGGUGCAAGGCACUGUAUUAACCAGGGAAACAGAAAAGAGAAAGAAAAAGAAGAAACACAAGAAUAACGUGAGUGAGGCCAGCACCGUCACUGUGACAAAUCGGAGCAACAGAGAAUUUGACUCAUUGCUUUCUGUGGAGCAGAACACCAGAAUGGAGGAGGAAAAGGAAAUAAAGUCAGAAGUGGUGUCUCAUGAAAGCGAUAUUGUGGAAAAGAAGAAAAAGGUAAAUGAAGGAGAGAGGAAGAGCGAACAAAUGGAAGAGAAGAUGGGGAAGAAGAGCACAAUGAAAGGAAGAGCUGCUGAGAAGAGGAGGGGAGGACCAGCAGCUUUAGAAGAUCAGGCGGAUUGGGCCUUGGUAGAGGAGCUGCAAGAGUUUAUUCCAAAUGUAAAGGAAAAGUCGGCACAUGAGAUCUACAGACUGCUGCGAUAUGACCUGCACCGCUUCAAGAACUUCAAACAGCGAGGUAUUGCACUACAUCAUGGACGGUACACUCAGGAGGAGAUAGAGCAAAUCAGACAGAACGUGUCAGACUUCCUGGCUCUGACGGGCAUCAGCUCAGCCACUCAGCUUUUGUUUCCUCAGAGGUUUAAGGAGCAGGAGAAAGACAUCAGGAAGCUAAAAGCACAGCAUCACUUCAUGGAGAAGAUCGCUGAGGGGGUCCCUCGCACAUGUCAUCAAGUUUACACCCGAGCUGUGAAGCUCUUUGAUGACACAAACUACAAUGGAAGGUUCUCAGAGGAGGAGAUUCAUUCUCUGAUCAAGUUACAGAACUUCCAUGGUAACAAUUGGACAGCAAUCUCUAAAAAGAUGGACCGCAGUGUUUAUGCCUUAGAGAAACGCUUUGCCACCAUAGCUGCAGAGAAUGGGCCGUGGCGUUCAGAUGAAGUAUCCAAGUUGAAAUUGGCUGUGAAGGCUCGCCUGGAGGAUUUGGUCCAGCAGGGUCCUGCAGGGGCUGGUCUGACCAGAGAACAGCUAUGUAACAAUCUGCCCUGGAAGGAGAUCAGUCAGCGGGUUGGAACCAGAUCCUGGUGCCAGUGUCGCCUCAAGUGGUUUUCAAUCUUGAAAUCAAAGCUGUCUUCAGGUGGCAGCGUCUUCAACAGAAAGCCUGAUGGAAUUCGGGCAAAACUCAACCUCAUCAAAACAUUGUACAACAUGCAUGUGGAUGAUGCAGCAGAGAUCAACUGGGAUGAGGUUGCCAAGCUUGUUGGGUGAGGUCAAUGGUCACGAUGACAUCUGAGAUGACGUUAAUUCACAUUCAGUCUUCUCUGAAUCCCAGAGGUGUUCAAAGGCCCAAAUGACUUUGUACUGUUAUAUAGCAGUAGUAGUACCACCGUGUUCUAGUUGUAGUAGUAUUUUCCAUAAAUGACUCUCAUACUGGGCCACACGGUGGUGUAGUGGUUAGC